GGGUGUGUUGCGGGGGGGGGGAGUGCCAAGUGAGUGGCCCUGGGGGAGGAAGCUGCGGAUGACUUUGCAGCCGGCGGAAGGAGCAGCAGCAGCAGCAAUUGGAGGUGGAGGAGGAGGCGGCGGCGGCGGCGAUUGCGGUUUGAGCAGCGACGGCAGCGGCGCCGGCGAGCUCGGGAGCGCCGUGGAACGUUGAGGCGCCGGGAAGGAAAACACCCCCCAUUGUGACGUCGCGUUCUUCGGAAGUGGAAAGUUUGUCCCAGCGUUCGAAAGGCGCGCCCGCUCGCCUUUGAUCUCCUGGGCUCCCUCGCUCGAAAAGAAGGGACCCCCCCCUUCUUCCCCCCGCGGCCAGAGGAAGCGGCUACUUUUCUUCCCCCCUCUCCCGCUGCUUCUUCCAAGCCUUGUAUGGACUGUGGUGCUUGCCCGCAGCCAUGGGAAAGAUGCUAUCAAAGAUAUUCGGCAACAAGGAGAUGAGGAUCCUCAUGCUGGGCUUGGAUGCCGCCGGCAAGACCACCAUCCUCUACAAGCUGAAGCUGGGCCAGCCGGUGACCACCAUCCCCACGGUGGGCUUCAACGUGGAGACGGUGACCUACAAGAACGUCAAGUUCAAUGUCUGGGACGUCGGGGGGCAGGACAAGAUCCGCCCUCUGUGGAGACACUAUUACACCGGCACCCAGGGGCUGAUCUUCGUGGUGGACUGCGCCGACCGCGACCGGAUCGACGAAGGCCGGCAGGAGCUCCACCGCAUCAUCAACGACCGGGAGAUGCGAGACGCCAUCAUCCUCGUCUUUGCCAACAAACAGGACCUCCCCGACGCCAUGAAACCCCACGAGAUCCAGGAGAAACUGGGCCUCACGCGCAUUAGGGACAGAAAUUGGUACGUCCAGCCGUCCUGCGCGACGUCGGGGGAAGGACUUUACGAAGGUUUAAUGUGGCUUACUUCCAACUACAAAUCAUAAUUCUAGGGCUAUAUAUAUCUAUAUAUAUAUAUAUAAUUUACGCGCGCACACACAAAAAGAAUCUCUAACCAAUGAAUCCUAGAACAUAUAUAUAUUCUCUUUUCCUCCUCAACAAAAAAUUUGAAACGGAUUCUUCGCUCUAGCAGGAGCGGAGAGUUUUCUCGGCAAAUUGCUUUGCUGUGGCAGAAGCGGAGAGUUUUCUCGGCAAAGGGACGUGGCAGCAAGUUUGUCCACAAGAGAUUUUUCUCUCUCUCUUUCGCUUCCUCCUCUCUCCUGGGAGCAAAGGGGUGGGGGGCGAGGAGACGUUUAUCCCCAACCCUAUAUACGAAAGCUAUGUCUGCUAGGUUUGCACCCCUUUAAUCUUUCUCUCUGCCCCCCAACUCCUCUGGUUCUCCAAACUGUGGUGUCCUCAGCCUGAAAGCUGAGCUGCCUUGUGGGCAGAGCUUGGCGAGGUUGCCCAUGCCAUAAUGGCAGUGUGUUUGGGUAGGUGGGCACCUUGUUGAGAGCGAAGGAUGGAUUCUGGUCUCCUUGCUUAGCGUUCCUGCCUUCCGCAAGCCUUGGGUUCAAGGGCCGCAAGUGGACCGACUGCCCUUGCCCGUUUUUGCAGGGUGGGUAGGUGGGCACGGGAGAGAGACACUCUCCCACCCCGAGACGAGCCGUGUUCAAGUCCUGGUGCCAUCCUGGUGCUGCCAAUGGAGGUUCACAUUCCGGAAUGCCUUGCUUGCUGCAGGCUGCGCCCUGUCCUUCUUUUGCUGGGAACACCCGUCUCUUUUUCCCUGCCUCUCCCCUCUCUCUCUUGACCUGCUCAACCUGCUGGGGUUCGUGCAGGCAAGGAUGUGCGAGGCCGACGCCCGGCCGAACCAGUUCCCCCACCGCAAGUUGGGUGGAAUUGAAGGAACCAUUAAUCAGAGCUGGAGCUGGCUCCCUCUCGCCGGAGCCUAGAUCUUCCUGACGGAGGCAGCUGGAGCUUCCCUCCACUUUUUCAGCAAGGGACAGGUGGAUUUUUUUGGGGGGGGGUUACAGAUCUGGACAGCUUCCCAGGCUUUCCACUUGACUUUGGGUUGGGGAGUUCCUGCCUUCCAACCUGGCCAGAUUUCUAGCCGGACUGAAUCGAUCUGGGUCUGUUUUGCUCCUCUGCCCUGUUCCGAUGCCAUCCUUCUGCAAAACUUGUUUCCCCAAACGGGGAAUCGCCUACGCCACCCCCUUCUCUCUUUUCCCAUCUCUGGGCCACAGCCUUGGCUAAAGAUCUGUCUUGCCAAGUUUCCCAUCCUAGAGAAAGGACCAUUGGACCCAGUAUUUGACAACCUGGUGCCCUCCAGCUCUUUUGGACCACCACUCCAAACAGCCCCUGCAUUUGGGGGGCGCAAGGCUGAUUUAACUCAGCUUCAGCAGAGGCUGAGACCGUCUUCCAACUUGGGAACUACGCGUUCAUUACCGGGGUGUGUUUGUGUGUGUGUGUGCUUGAUUUGAGAAACGUGCUCCACCGGUUGUUUUCAAGGUGGGUGCGAAUUCUCCUCGCUUCCUAAUCUUACCGACAAAGUUGGUAAACUUUUUGGUCCAUAGAAGCUUAAACUAAGCGCAGGAUCCGAGGCACAGAAGAAAUAAGAGCUUUCUUUUCAGGGACCAUGAAUCACUUUGCCCUGAUUUCACACUUCUGCUGUAACUCGAGAUCUAUUUCCCCUUAUUUCCCACCCCCACCCCCUCUUUGCAUCUGAGGCCGAUUCUUAAGAAGCAGUGACCAAUUUGGGGCGGAAUCUCUCUUUGUCAUCCCUUGAUUCACCCUGGGCAGGGAGGACUCGCAAAUGACCCCGCCCUUCCGAAUUGCUAGCUUUUGAACUUGAAAUGGAUUCGUCCUCUGUCCCCACCCCACCCACCCAGCAAAAUGGGUCUACUCAGGUAGUCGGGCAUUUCCACCUCCCUCCCCUUCCUGCCCAGGAUCACAAUGGGGAGAUCUUCUCAAUUUAACUUUGCAAACUUCUUGCUUGGAUGCCUUGCUGGGUGAGAAACCUGCCCUCUCUUUGACACAAGAUCCAGUUAGUUUUUCCCGAUUUCCUUUCGCCCCCUGAACCAACAGGUGAGGACCCUGUGUGUAUGUCGCAGGGGCAAAUUCUCGGUGUGAAUGGUUUUUUGGCACUGCAGCGGGAAGAAAGCUUUCUUCUCCCGUCCCCCAUGAAAAAGAGGCAGCCGUUGCUUGGCCACAUGGCUCAGGCCUUGAUUUUUCUGGUUACCCCUUGUUUCGAUGCGCGCAGGGGUCCCCAACUGCAAGCUGCAUCUUAAGGUAGAUUUUUGCUUUUUGCACGGGGCACGGAUCGGGAGCCUGUUCCUCUGUGCUUUGAAGAGAAAGGAAACCGCUCGUUUUCUGGAAAACACCGAGUCGUGGUGGUGGAAUUGUACGGAAGGUACCAAGCGAUCCGGGUAGGGUCCUUCCUCACACACAGACCCUCUCUGGGACCUAUCAGGCCUCGUGCUCCUGCUGUCCCUGCAGAGAAGUCUUGUCCGCUGUCCUUUGUGCCAUGUUCCCACACCGCAGCCUGCUCUGCUUGGGCGUGAUCUUUUUUGAGCAAGCGUGACUCAUAACUCCCACAAGGAGUGUUCGUUCUCCUUUCACCCCCCCCCCUUUCAAUAGGGGGAGGGAGCAGUUCUGCACAGCUCAGCGAGCUCUUAACGCACAUCUGCAGCUAACUCUCCGUCCCUCCUUGCCAGCCUUAGAGCGGCAACCACAUCUCGCCUGCUUGGCCCCCUCCCGAAUUGAACCUGCGGCGGCGAAGGGAUCUGUGCCUCUUCCUCCCCCCCCCCAAAAAAAACCCCUUGCACCCAGGACCAAAAGACUGGUGUGGGACUUGGAUGCAGAACUCUGUGCCUGAAUUUCAUAGUGGCAAUAUUUUGUGCAAAUGCACCUCUCUUCGCCUACCCUACAGAACGGAAGUUUUGAUGCUUUUUGUGCCUGUUAAAACCCUUGAUUUUUGCUAAGAUCCCUGAAUAGUGGGGUUUAUUUUGGGGGGGGGAGGGAGGGGGUGACCAGGUGUGCCCCCCCCCCCGCUCCUGAUGGCAAUCUUUCUUUCUCCCCCAAAUAAGCUGCAUUUAACCACGGUUAGAAACUGCACUUGAAAAGUACGCUUUGAAAGUAUCUCGCGGGGUGGGAGGUUUUAACCCUUUAACAUUCCUGCGCUGUAUGUUCCCCCCACCUCACUUCCAAAAUCACCCAAUCGCACCAUGCACUUCUCUUCCCGCCCCCAAUCUUGCUGACAUUCCAACGGAUCUGCUUUGCUUUCGGGGGGGGGGGGCGGGAUCUGCCAGCCGGAUUCCCGGGCGAUCGCGUCGGAACGAGACAGAAUUUAAAAGUCAGGUGACCGCCAUCUGGUUAGGCGUUCCGAGAUAAUCCAAUUCCGCUGGCACGAAACGUGUGUGACCGCGGACGUCAUCGGGAAUUUGUGUGAUGGGAAUUCAGGGUUGGGGGGGGGCGGGAAUAAAACCUCUGGCCUCUUUCUCUCUCCCAGAUCCCUUCUGCCUCCCUUUCAUUUCUUCAAAGUAAAAUGUUGCUUUUGGCUGUUUCCCCCGAGUUCCUUUUUUUUGGGGGGGGGAGGCUGUGUGCUUUACCUUGCAAAGAAAUAGGUGGGAAGACGUCUCUGUUUGCCCCCCACCACCACCUUAUGAUGAAAAAUAACCCACCUUAAACAAAGCUCUUCAAGCCGCAACACCUGGGUAGGGUGAAUGUGGCAGCCAGGUCUCUGCGGAUUCUAGGGCACAGAUGGCUGCAAAUUUAAGCUGGAAGGCAGUGGUUAAUUUGGGUGGACCAGGCCUUAAUUUGCUGGCGAAGAUCUGAGAUCUUAGCCGCUAGGAUCCGUGUUUUAACGCACUUCUCCCCUGACUUGGAAAGUUCUGUGUCGGUGGUGAUGAUAUAAGAAGGCACUUAAUUUCCCACCUCCUUGUUCAGUCACUCUUAACCUGCCUCCCUAGUUUUUUGUGUUUUGUGGGGUUUUUUGCCUGUGUAGUCACAUUAAAAUAAUUCCCAGAUCACGCACAACAGAGGCACGGAGGUGAUCCAUUUCUUGCGGGUGGGAGGGAACGAUGUGUGUGAAUAUAUCUGGGAGGGUUUCUGCGAUGUCAAUAAGGGCUUCUCAGUUCCUGAACGGAAGAACAAGGUACUUUUUGUAAACAAAUCUGCAGCUGUCUUAACUGGAAUACAUUGGGUUUGUCUUCGGGGUUUUCUUGGUUCCCUCCUCCCCCACCCCCACCCCCCGAAAAAAUUAUCUUUUCUUUCUUCCCCCUGACUAGCAAAAUGAGGGGUGUGUUUAUCAGAUGCUGAUCUGCAUAUGCAAAUGUACUGUACAUUUAACGCUGGAAUUUCUUUUGGAAUCUUUUCUUUCAGGUUGGGGGAAAUUCAGACGUGUCUUGUGGUUAUGGGUUCCCGGGGUGGGGGAACACCCUAAUCUUUACAAACAAGGGCUCACUUCAGUGAACUGUUUUUUAAAAAAUUAAAAAAUAAAAAUAAAUGAUUUUUCUUUCUA